CAGAGCCGGGGGGAGCCCCAUGCGGUUCCAGUCUCUGAGCCGCCCAGCCUGCAACUUCUGAAUGGCCGCAUGCGGUUAAACCCCUCUGCUCUGUGAUUUCAGGCAGCAUCUUUCUGGGGUGGCCCCUUCUCUGUCGCCCUCUGCGGGCUGUCCCGGCUGAAGAAGGGGGCGUGGGGGUGCCGGUCCAGGUCCCUGCUCCCCGGCAUCCGGAUCAGGAUCGGGAAUCGCCUCUGAGGGGCUGCAAGCGCGUGUGCAGGCGGAUGUGAGGCGCAUCUCAAUUGGCGGGCGGGGGAAGCGGAUCAGGUUGUUACUACUGCAGAGCGCGCGAGCGAGGGAGCGGGAGAGCCGCAACGCCGGCCAGCGCGGGAGUGGGAAGAGGGGACCUGGACUUCCGAGCGGCAGGCUCCCUCUGCCUUCUCCACCAGCCCACACCGAUCGGCUCCUGGAACGUCCCUGGCUGUCCCCUCUGCCACCAUGAGAAACAUCUUCAAGAGGAACCAGGAGCCCAUCGUGGCUCCUGCCACCACCACCGCCACGAUGCCUGUCAGACCUGCCGACAACUCCACAGAGAGUACAGGCCCUGGAGAGAGCCAAGAAGACAUGUUCGCCAAGCUGAAGGAGAAAUUCUUCAAUGAGAUCAACAAGAUCCCCUUGCCGCCCUGGGCUCUGAUCGCCAUGGCUGUGGUCGCUGGUCUCCUGCUGCUCACCUGCUGUGUCUGCAUCUGCAAGAAGUGUUGCUGCAAGAGGAAGAAGAACAAGAAGGAGAAGGGCAAGGGCAUGAAGAAUGCCAUGAACAUGAAGGACAUGAAGGGCGGCCAGGAUGACGACGACGCAGAGACAGGCCUGACUGAAGGAGAAGGUGAAGGCGAGGAGGAGAAGGAGCCAGAGAACCUGGGCAAAUUGCAGUUUUCUCUAGACUACGAUUUCCAAGCCAACCAGCUCACCGUGGGCGUCCUGCAAGCUGCUGAACUCCCUGCCCUGGACAUGGGUGGCACUUCAGACCCGUAUGUCAAAGUCUUCCUCCUCCCAGACAAGAAAAAGAAAUAUGAGACCAAGGUGCAUCGGAAGACGCUGAACCCCGCCUUCAACGAGACCUUCACUUUCAAGGUGCCAUACCAGGAGUUAGGAGGCAAAACCCUGGUGAUGGCCAUCUACGACUUUGAUCGCUUCUCUAAGCAUGAUAUUAUCGGAGAGGUGAAGGUGCCCAUGAACACCGUGGACCUUGGCCAGCCCAUUGAGGAGUGGAGAGACUUGCAAGGCGGGGAGAAGGAAGAGCCCGAGAAGCUGGGUGACAUCUGUACCUCCUUGCGCUACGUGCCCACUGCCGGGAAGCUCACAGUCUGUAUCCUGGAGGCCAAGAACCUCAAGAAGAUGGAUGUGGGGGGCCUCUCAGACCCCUAUGUGAAGAUCCACCUGAUGCAGAAUGGCAAGAGACUCAAGAAGAAGAAGACGACAGUGAAGAAGAAGACCCUGAACCCCUACUUCAACGAGUCCUUCAGCUUCGAGAUCCCCUUUGAGCAGAUUCAGAAAGUCCAGGUGGUUGUCACUGUGCUAGACUACGACAAGCUGGGCAAGAACGAAGCCAUCGGCAAGAUCUUUGUGGGCAGCAACGCCACAGGCACGGAGCUGCGGCACUGGUCCGACAUGCUGGCCAACCCUCGGAGGCCCAUCGCCCAGUGGCACUCUCUGAAGCCCGAGGAGGAAGUGGACGCGCUUCUAGGCAAGAACAAGUAGACCAUGGCGGCAGCUGGGGCCACGCGCCCCUGAGGACACUGACAAGAUCCAGAGCUAUCAAUACCUCAGUUACGCGACUGUAGAGGUUUCUUCAUUUGUUUGCGGUGUGUCCUGUUUUCCCUUCCUUUUUCUCCUUUUCAAAGACCAACUUCCUUUGGUGGCCGAGUGAAGGGCGUCCCCUAGGAGGUGAAAGAAGCCUGGCUCUGUCUGUUGUCCCAGGAUCUGUCCUUGUUGCAUGCCCUGUCACAGUUUCCCUCGCUCUCAAAGCGUCACAUAGGUCUUGCCUCAAGUGAGGCCCUCUACUGGCAGAAAGUUGAAGCAGUUUGCUUUUCCUGGGGCUUGGACCAACAAAAUGGCAACACACUCUGUUUCUUGAUUGUCAAGGCAACACAAUGGCCAGCGUUGUGUGUGUGUGUGUGUGUGUGUGUGUGUGUGUGUGUGUGUGUGAGAGAGAGAGAGAGAGAGAGAGAGAGAGAGAGAGAGAGUCACUCCGUCCACCUGUCCAACCCUGCCUGCCUCUGUCUUCGAGUCUUUCUCUUCAUUUCUGGAAUGAGCCACAAUGAAGCUGUGUGAAGGGACGAAGUCUUCAGGGGCUCCGAGAUGAAGAAAGCCCACUGCCCAAGUGGGUGGCCUAUGAGUGUCUGAAGAAGCCCCAAGCCCUGGUCAGAUGCCAGGAGCUCUCAGAGUCCUUGUGAAUGGCAUUUGGAAGGCAGCCUGAUGUGGUACUGGAUGUGUUUAGAACUGGGACCAAAGCCCUUGAUGCCAUUAUAGACUUCCUCUUGACAGUCAUGGCUUCCCCCAGGAGUGUGGUUUUGGGGACAUUCAUGGAAACAAACUGUUCACUAGACUGGUUGGACUUGACCAGGGACUGCCAGCCCCAGGAUUGCAUUCUUGUUGACAUCAUCAAACAUGAUGAACAGGAGUCCCGUUACUCAGAAUGGCGGAAGUGGAGCUCCUGGACCUCCGCCUCAUCCGGCAGGCAGCAGAGUGCGAGCAGUGCUGCCUUCAUUUGCAGUCCCGCACCAGCUUGCUCCUGCUUGUUUCCCUUUUUGUGUAAGUGGAAAAGUACUGUCUGAGGACAAGCACUGCACAGAGCCAAGGCCUGUGAGAGGGAGGCUUGAGUGUUUAGGUCCCCUGAGGUCCAGGUAAGGAGGAGGUGAAGAAGAGGGAGCAUGGCUGGAUAGUGAUGAGCUCCCAACUCCUAUCCCUGACUCCCCGGAGCCUCGGGCCUCCAUGCUGGCAGCCUGAGUGGCCUAGGCAGAGCUGUGGAGAGGGCCCAUAUCCUUUCCUUUCCUAGACGCGUGUUUCUCUGAUUGCCAGGACACCCAGGGCAUUCAUUUCAAGUGGGUGGAGGAGGGAACAUGCUAAGGUAUCUCUACAUUGUGUUCAGUGUACCCUUGCCUGUACCCUACUUGUCCCCAGUAUUGAUAAAAAGCCAUAUAUAUGUUAGUCAGGCUAGCACUGGGUACCCUUCCGAACCUUCAGCCUGGACAUGGGAGUUGGGUCCCAUGUAGCCAGAUGCUACUCCUUUCCCUUGGUCUUGCUUCUAUCCUCGAAUCUCUCAGGCCCGUGUUUUCUUACCACAGAAAAUAUACAGCUUCCCUGAAGCCUGGGGGAGGUCACUCUUAACAGCAAAUGUGGCAGAACUUCUGUUCUGCCCCGUUCAGCCCUUUCUGGUUCUUGUACGUCUGAUGGAUGGUGGUGUGGAGUUUGGCUUUGAGAACCCAGCAUGGAGAAGGUGCAGAGUGUUGUUUAAUUUUAAUGAAAAUGGGAGAUAGGUGGGUUUGCUUUGCUUUUUGGUUUAAGUAGGGAGUGAGUUAACACCUCUACCAGAAACAUGCUGUGAAGUGAGGUUUGGCCUGCCUGUCUUAGAGAUGCUUCUGCUACUGGCCCUUGGUGCAUGGGAGCUAUGAGUCUUAUACACUGUGUGUGUGUGUGCUAAACACUGAGAAGGGAGAACUCUGACAGGAUUAUGGGCUGUAGUCCUUGGGACCCGAGUUAUGGUCGUGAUAGAAAAUUGUAGGACAAUAGGGUCUACUCAGAGUCCAGAUGGUUGAGGAGUACCAGGGUCCGGGAAUAGGUGUUGGAAGUCUCCACCCUCAGAGCUGUGGGCUUUUGGUGCUUUCCCGGCCCCUCACCCACAUUCCAUAAACCCCAUCCACAGAACUCCCUGUGUCCGCUUCACCCUUCUUUCUUCCAGCCCUCCCCAAACACCUUUCAACCCCUUGGCUUCUCUCCUGGGAACCUUCUUCAGCCCUUCCCUAGCUCAUAGUCCUACUGCUCUGCUCCCAGAGGAGAGGAGGAACGGUAGCUUCCUCUGUGGUUUGAGUGUCCCUGGCCUUACAGACGGGCUACAGCUCAUUUCUGUGGGCAGCCUGCCAGGGCUUUUUGACUCCGAUCACUCUUUUGGAGCCAGCAUGGAUGCCAGGAAGUGGUUCCUCCCCAGGCCCAGGGCUGGUCCCUCACUAGCCACCCAAGCAGAUGGCAUGCGUCCAAGUGCAGGAGCUAGGCAGGAACCUGUCAAGGGUUCAGUGUUUGUGCAGUAGGAGGCUGAUGUGACCCAAACCCCAGAACAGCAUUCCAAACCUUCACUGCCUCGGGGGGUUUACUUCUGGGGACGUCAGGGUCCUGGGGUACCAGCAUGAAGUAAAGACAGUCAGUGUUUCUGGCUGGUGAGGGGUCCUGGGUACUUCUGAGGAUGGAAGUUUUCAACCUGGAGAGGAAAGUACUGAUUUUUUUAAAUUGUUGUUUUUGUUUCUCCAAAGACAGCAUAAGACCAUGAAAACCCAAACCCGGUCCUACACAGGAUCUGGGGGGCAUGUCCCCCUUGAAUGACCCUCCGAGAGCAGGAGGAAGCUCUGUAGUGCUGUGGGCAGUUUUUGAGGCCUGCAGAGUGGGGAGCUCCAACAGCAGGUGCUUGGUAAGAGAAGCAAGGGUGAGGCCCAGCCAGAGACCUCGGUCUUCAAGCCAACACACAGCUCGUGUCUCUGUAGCCGUGGUUUGGGAGGUGCAAGGGUUUCACCACAGGCCUCUUUGUGAAAGUGGCUUUAUAAGCAAGCCCCCAUGCUACAUGUGAGGGUGGGGGUGAGUGGUGAUACUGAAGAGGAGGAAACCCCUUGCCCCUUUAAUGUAUGUGUCAGUUCCUGAGAAUCCUGGGUCUCUCAGCCCUGUAGGGGAGCCUGUCUUUAGGGCCUAUGCAGCAGCAGUCUUGCCCAAGUUAGGAAGAGACUGGAUACUCCCCCAUCCUCUGCUUGUCUCCCUGCUGUCUCCCCCUCACUGCAGGCUGGUUGGGGUCUUUUCUCAGAGCCAUGGGGUCUUUUCUUAUAGCCCCAUAAUGGCUGCCAGAUUUGGCAAAUACAGGAUACUUGGUUAAACUUGAAUUUCAGAUAAACAAAUAAUUUUGAGGUAUAAGUAUGUCCUAUGCAAUAUUUGGGGCAUACUGUACUAUACAGUGAUCUAUUAUUUAAUGCAAACUUUACAUUUAAUUGGCUAAUCCUGUAUCGUGUCUGGCAAUGUACCCUCUGGCUACUUUAUCCCUCUUUUCUUCAGUCCCAGGGGCCAGAGGUCGGUUAGUACAGAUUUAACCUGUUUUUUGAACUGCAAUAUUGAAAAGGGGACACUGUGACUUGAAGAUAUAUGAAUAUACUUUAUUAUUUUAUUAUUUAUUUAUUUAUUUGGUUUUUACGAGACGGGGUUUCUCUGUAUUGUUUUGGAGGCUUUUGGUCCAGCCCGGCCUCGAAUUCACAGAGAUCCGCCUGCCUCUGCCUCCCGAGUGCUGGUAUUAAAGGCGUGCGCCACCACCGCCUGGUGAAUAUACUUUAUUUUUUAAGCAACAACAUAACAGGAAACUUCUGAAGCCAUUGAGCCUCAUCUGACCCCUCCAUGUGCAUUUAGUUAUAUAUUAUAAAAGAUGCUAUCUAUAAACAUACAAGCAGAUUCUUGUUUAAUCAAGAUGCAUGUCUACAAAUCUGUAAAUAGCCGCAUGGCAAUGCUGAGUGUCCCCUUGAUCUUCCAACCCCAAACCCAUUUUACAAAACUGGCUGCUCCUUGAUUUUAUGUUGUGUAAAGUCUUUGUCUACAGUCCCACCCUAUGUCCCUACCUACAGGGAAUGUCUGCAAUGGGAGACAACAUUCUGGCCCUGGUGCCAGCCCUGCCUGGGGAAGAUGCCGGAGAUCAUGAGCCCCGAGGCAGGUCUGCUGCAUGUUUGUCUGCAGGGUUAACUCUUGGGGCACAGUGCACUGUGUCUGGUGUUCCAUUGCUUUUAUGUUCCAUGUGUGUGGUGUGGUCCCUUUCUUCCCACUGUCUUGAAUAAACUGAAAAGCCAUAAAGGGGUCUCCUCCUGGAGGCUGCUCUCGACUCCUCCUAGGAGCACCCCGUCCCUCCAACUGGCUCCCCACAGAACACUUGUGAAGGGCUCACCUGUCCGUUACCCUCUCUUGCUUCCUCAGCCCUGUGUCAUGAGGACAGCUGGUGUUUCAGGGCUUCUGGUGGGGUCCCAGGAGAUGCCCCUGGCUGGCUUUCUUGGCUUGGGUCUGAUGGUGGGACUCAAUUCUACCCUGGGUAUAGGCAGGGCAGUGGCGUGUCUCUGUGGCUUAGAUACCAUCUUCGAGGCCUGCAGAGGCAGCCAGGGUUCUCAGGAGCAGUCAGCAGCCUGUACCCUGGGAUGAACAGGCUAGCUCAGCCUACUUCUCCCUGAGCCAUCAGAGAGCCGUGGAGGAGUGACCCGUGGGGAAUCCUGAGACCUGCAGUAGGUUAAACUCCCCUCCCACACACCCUCUGUGGUCUGGCAGUGCCACAGGAGCAGGGUGGCCCCGAGAGCAAGGUGGCAGGUGUGUUGAUGAGCAGUGACAUUAGGCUCUGACCCUCAUACCAGCUCCCAGGGCAGCCUGGGCAGGCAUGGCAAGGGUAACCAUAUGGGUAGAGAGAAAUGCAGCAGCUUGGUCACCUGCAGGACUCCUGGGGGGGGCAGUCGUGUCACUAAGCUAGGGAACCUCAGGCAGAGCUGGGCAAGCGUAUUGGACAAAGCCAGCAGCAGCAAGGGGACUCUGCCUUUUGCAGACCAUGACGCUUGAGCAAGUCCAGGGACCUUUGUGCUAGUGACAAAGAACAGGGCACCUGGAGCAACCAUUUCAGUAGACGGGUUGGCUGGCGUCCCCACUACUCUCCACAGAAACCGAAACUGGGAACAGUGGCAGGAGAGUCCGGCAAGGUGUGGGGAGCAGCCUGUGGGCCUCAGUUUCACCCCAGCUUUCCUCAGCAGCCAGGAGUUUAGGAAAUGACCAGGAAGCCUGGCCAUCCUCUUCAUCUAAGGACUUGAUUUGCUUUCUGAACCCAGAAACUUUCAAAACUAGGGCUGGGGCAGAACCUAAGUGAGCCCACGCCACCCCUGGAAUGCACUGGCCCCACCAGGAGCCCUCCCUGUCUUCAUAGGAAGGACACGUGUAGCCCUCCCCCUCCCCCUCCGCUUGGCACUGCUGUCUCCAUUCCCUUGUGUGGACUCUGUUCUUGUCUGAUCUCUUGUCAAACUGUUAUUUUGUAACGAGCUGCGUCUCCUUAUUAAAGAAAAGAGCUGAAAGCAA